GCGGCGCGGGGAGGGCUUUGUCCUCUCCGUGCUCUCUCAGAGGUGGGUUGGCUUCUCCUCCCCCUCCGGUUCGGUUCGGUUCGGGUUCGUCAGGUUCUUCGGGGGUUCCGGUUCGUGGGUGAGCGGAAGAGAUGGCGGCGUCGGACGUUGAGUACCGCUGCUUCGUCGGCGGCCUCGCUUGGGCCACCGACGACAACUCCCUCCACUCCGCCUUCAGCACCUACGGCGAGGUCCUCGAGUCCAAGAUCAUCCUGGAUCGGGAGACGCAGAGGUCUCGUGGCUUCGGCUUCGUCACCUUCUCGACGGAGGAGGCGAUGCGGAGCGCCAUCGAGGGUAUGAACGGCAAGGAGCUCGACGGCCGCAACAUCACCGUCAACGAGGCCCAGUCCCGCGGCGGCCGUGGAGGCGGCGGCGGCGGCGGGUACGGCGGGGGCCGUGGAGGCGGUGGCGGCUACGGCCGCCGUGAUGGAGGUGGUGGUGGCUACGGCGGUGGCGGCGGCGGCUACGGCGGUGGCCGUGGAGGCUACGGCGGUGGCGGUGGCGGCUAUGGCGGUGGCGGCGGCGGCUACGGUGGUGGCAGCCGCGGCGGCGGUGGCUACGGCAACUCCGAUGGGAACUGGAGGAACUGAGCGGUGGGGCCCGCGCGGCCAAGUUAUCUUGUUCGCUACUGCUACCAUGUUGUGUUGUUACCCUAGUCCAUAGGGUUUAUCUAUCAUCUUGUUGUUCGUCGUCGUCGUGUCCGUGUGUUUGUUGUUGUUGCCCAUCUGUGUUUUUGAUCGCAAGUUGUGUUAGUGCUGUGUUCGUCCUCGUCUUGAGCCCCGUGCAUCAAUCAAGCAUGAACUGGGCUCCAGGGAUCGAUGGAUGUUGUUGUCAAGUUAUCAGUCAAUCAAUGAAAAGAAAAAAGGUGCUUCUUGGUGCUGCAAA